UUCCGGGACUGAGUAAAGAAUGUGAUUUGGCUCUGUGAUUUGUCAAAGUGUUUGGCGUUUCUAUUGCCCGAUAUCGCCCCGCCAUCGGGUCUAAGGCGUGAGGAGACGUGUGGUACAUUUGUGUGAUGCUGAUGCUGACUCUACCCAUAGGGCCCAACACCGGAUUCAAGCGCUCCAAUGCAACUUCUCACACUCUCGCGAAAGGCACACUGCGGAACCAAAGUUUUGCCUCCGCGAGAUCCCGACGGACACUAUUUCCGACGGACCAAACAUCUUCCCGAGAGUUGACGUGGAGGCGUAUGUUUACAAUGGCUGAGAAUAAACUAGAAACACCACCGGAGAGUGCCGCCGCUUUGCAUAGUGCCACUUUGCCUUCUCAGCCAAACAACCCGCUCUCGAGGAAGCUUCACAAAAUUUUGGAGACGAGGCUCGACAAUGACAAGGAGAUGCUGGAGGCUCUGAAGGCGCUGUCUGUGUUCUUCUCAGAGAACAGCUUACGCACCAGGAGGAACCUGCGAGGGGACAUCGAAAGACGGAGCUUGUCAAUCAACGAGGAGUUCGCGCGGGUAUUUAAAGAUGUAAAAGAGGAGCUUGAGAGUGUUCAUGAGGACGUCCAAGCCAUGAGCACUUGCUGUGAAGAGAUGACCAACCGGUUAAAAGCUGCCAAAGAGCAAACCCAAGACUUGAUUGUGAAAACCAACAAGCUACAGGGAGAAAAUCACCGGUUGGAAGUCAGAGCCCAGGUUGCCCAGGCCUUCCUUUCCAAGUUUCAGCUUUCCAGUGAGGAGACGGCCACGCUACGAGGGGCUCGGGAUGCCCCUGUCACUGAGGAUUUCUUCAAAGCUCUCAGUCGGGUGAAGCAAAUCCAUGAAGAUGUGAAGAUCCUGUUGCGGACCAACCAGCAAACUGCAGGGCUGGAGAUCAUGGAGCAGAUGGCUGUGUUACAGGAGACUUCAUAUGAGCAGCUUUACCGCUGGGCUCAGAAUGAAUGCCGAGGCCUGACCCAGGAGACCUGUGACAUCAGCCCUGUGUUGGGUCAAGCAAUGGAAGCCUUACAGGACCGGCCAGUCCUUUACAAGUACACAUUAGAUGAGUUUGGGACUGCACGCAGGUGUGCUGUUGUGCGAGGUUUCAUCGACGCCCUCACCCGAGGGGGGCCUGGUGGAACGCCACGUCCAAUAGAGAUGCACUCCCAUGACCCAAUGAGGUAUGUUGGGGACAUGCUGGCUUGGCUGCACCAAGCCACUGCCUCUGAGAAGGAGCAUCUGGAGGCAUUGCUGAAACAAGUCACUCUGCAAGGUGUUGAAGAGAACAUGCAAGAGGUGGUGGGGCACAUCACCGAAGGAGUCUGCAGGCCACUUAAAGUUAGGAUAGAACAGGUCAUUGUGGCUGAGCCAGGCGCCGUCCUGCUUUAUAAGCUCUCCAACCUUCUGCAAUUCUACCACCACACCAUCAGUGCCAUCAUUGGUACCAGUGUGGCCACCUUGCUUAUCACCAUUGAAGAAAUGCACAUCCUGAGUAAAAAGAUGUUCUUCAACAGCUUGAGCCUCCAUGCAAGCAGACUCAUGGACAAGGUGGAGCUACCCCCUCCAGAUCUGGGUCCUACAGCCUCCCUCACCCAGACCCUGUCCCUGCUUCGAGAGGUGUUGGCCUCGCAUGACUCCUCUGUUGUUCCUCUGGAUGCCCGCCAAGCUGACUUUGCCCAGGUAUUGUCUUGUAUCCUGGAUCCACUCCUGCAGCUGUGCACGGUGUCGGCCAGUAACCUCGGCACAGCUGACAUGGCGACCUACAUGGUUAACUCACUGUAUGUGAUGAAGACUACACUGGCUCUCUUUGAGUUCACUGACAAGAGGCUGGAAAUGCUUGAGUUCCAGAUUGAGGCUCACCUUGACACGCUGAUCAACGAGCAGGCGUCUUAUGUGCUGACCAGAGCUGGACUGAGUUACAUCUACAGCUGCGUCCAGCAGCACACUGCUGAACAGGGCCCGCUCUCCAGCCUCCCCAGUAUGGAUAGCUCUUCUCUGAAAGCUGCACUGGUCCAGUUUGAUAGGUACUUGUCAUCACCUGACACCCUUGUGAUGCCGCAGCUCAACUUUCUACUCAGCGCAGCUAUCAAGGAACAGAUUUUCCGUCAGUCAACAGAACUGGUGUGUCGGGCCUAUGGAGAGGUGUACACGGCAGCAACCAGCCCAGCCAAUGGCUACAAGGACACAGACAACUUGGUCCCCAGAUCCCCCCAGCAAGUUCGGGCCCUCUUGACCUGAGGGAUGCUUAACAGGCUUAUCCCAUAACCCUGCCCAGAUACUGGUCUUGUGCAGUCUGUGGGUUACAAGUGUCAUGGAGUUUAUAUUUGUACGAUCACACAAAUGUAUAUAACUGUAAUUAUACAAUUAUUGAUACAAGAUGUUUGGGUUUUUUUGUUUUGUUUUAUUUUGGGGUUUUUUUUUGAGGACACAGGGGCGGGUAGUUUUCGCUUGGUAAGGAGGCAGCAGAAUACCAAGAUGACCUCAAAAAGAGAGAGUUAUCACCGCUUGUUUUCUGUCUCCUCCGUGCUGACUCCUUGUUUCUUUCCCGUAUCUCUAGGGGAAAACCAGAACAGCAAAAGAACAGAACGUAUAGAAAAUACGUAACUGUUCUUUUUUUUCCCCCCUCCAUGUUCUUUUGUCUCUCAUUUCCCUUUUUGUCUUUGUUUUUUUCAUACUAAGGAUCCCCUCUGCCUUUACCGGUGUCUGUAUUCAUUUACACAUACUGUCCAAGAUCACUUCGAGAUCCAACAGAUAAAGCUGUAACUUGUGUUUUAAUGUGUGCUUUGCUUUUUCAUUUGACAUCUGCCAAGUUUGAGAUGCAAGGACAAAAACCAUAAUGAUACUAACCAUUUACUUCGAAAUCUAUCUGCCCGUCUGUCUGUCUGCCAAUCUGUCUGCCUGCCUGUCUGUCUAAAUAAAGAUGGUUUGUUCUCCUAGAUAACACAGUGGUCAGAGAGCUUUAGCUAUUACCCUACUCAUUUGCCCAUCGCUAUAAGGUGUGUUGAGUGCCUGGAUCCAAAAGGACCAUUUUGGUUGAAUUUAUCUUAGAUUUACCUUGUAAAAGACCUGCUGGAAUAACUGACGAAACAAGUUAGACACCAAAGUUACGUUUUUGGUCCCCGUACUGGGUCAAAAGGUACCGAAGUAAAAAAUAAAAAAUAAAA